CAGCUGUCAGCUCCAGUCAGCAGAUAGACGGACAGGGCUGCAAGCAGAGAGACAGUGAGACCUACUGGCUUCCCUUAGUGGGCAGCUAGAGACCCCCUGCACUGGUCACUAUGGUAACCUGCCUAUCUGCCAGCAUCAGGAAGUGCCCUGGACUUGGGUUGUUUUGAGAAAAGUCUCUCCAUUACCUGUCCACAUGAUCAGAGCUGCUCUCCCAUUGGCCAGCGCUGGUGUGCACUCAGGUUUCCUGUGAGCUGAUUGGCUGCCUUCUUGUGAUCACGACUAUUUGCAUGCAUGCCUUUCUCACAGUGUGGGUGACAGGUAGCAUUGGAUCACUUGCAAGCUGCAGAGUGGUCAGAAUUGUUGCUUUAUCUAUUGCUGGCUUUUAUAUAAUGCCAACAUAUUCCGCAGCGCUGUACAAUUGGGACGAUUUGACUUUACAAGAUUAGGCAUCCUCUGUACAGGAUUACUGUGACCAUAACUGAUUGCAAGGCCUGGCUAAAGCGUGGGUUGUGAAAGGCGGUGCUUUUUCUUUCUUUUUUUUUUUUUUUUAAUAUUUUUAAGUGGUGGUCAGGGACCGUAAGAUUCAACUAUCAGAGCUGAUGUCCUCAUUUUGGCUGUAUUCGAACAAAUUGCCAGAACUCUGGUGCUUGUGGAGUGCCGCACGUUGUGUAUUGUUCGAAAUACCUGUGCUAUGAAGUAUUUGUUGGUAUAGACGUAAGACGUGUUGGCUCUGGGGUUCUGACCCCCCUCCCUUUUUGCUCAUGCCAAUAUGGGUGAGGACAUUAAAAUGGGGAUUGUGUUUGAAAAUGAAGGUAAAAAUGGUUACGGUGAAGGAGAGACGGUAACCGGACAGGUGCUACUGGAACUGACGAAGGCUAUUAGAGUAUUACGUUUACGUGUACAGGCCCAUGGCGGAGCCUAUGUUUCCUUUAAAUCUGGAAGAGGAGUGGAAACAGCCCAAGAACCGCCAACCUCAGAGCUCACUGAGUAUCUGAAUGAGGAGUGCACUUUACUGACUGAAAUGGCAGGUGAGGUGCCUAUAUGAGCAUUGUUAGUUGCUUGUUAAUAAUCUUACAUGAUCCUCUAUGUUGUGAAAUCAGAGUAAUGAGUACUUGUCACGUUUCAUUUUAUGUUGAGAAUUUAAAGGGACUUUCUACUCGCCACAACAACUUUAGCGUAACAAAGCGGUAUUGGUGUAUAGAUCUACUCUGCAGUCUCACUGCUUGAUUCUCUGCCAUUAAGGUGUUAAAUCACUUUGUUUAUAAAGCCCUUGCACAACUCUCUGCAUGUGACUUACACUGCCUUCCAACACGUCUUGAAUAAAAUUAUAGAAGGUUUCAACUUCCUUUAUUGCACAAUCGAAUUUAGAAUUUCUCCUCUCAUGCUCUGUUAAUAGCAUGCUAGACCCUAUAGGACACUCUGGUGUGUGCUUAAAGUUCAAUUAACAGAACAUGAGAAAAACAAUUUAAAGUAAAAACACAGUGAGUGAUUUAUUCAAGAUGUAAAGUAAAUAUUCCAAAUGGAAAAAUUGACUUUUGAUGCGUGGGAGCCUGUAUAAUUUAGCACUUUAGUGAAGUUCUACUGGACAGAACUCUUUAUUUUUAUUUUGUUUAUUCCCUCCUCCAGCCUCUCUUGAUGAAAACUCUAAAAGGAAAAUGUCAGUGAGCAAAGGUUACUGACCCUCCACUACCCUUAACUCAUCAGGUUACCAGUAUUCCCAAUCAGAUUAGACGGCCAACUGUUUUAUUUAGAAUGUACUAAAUGGAAACACAACAGUUCAGGCAAUAGUGAAAUUAAAGGGCACUCUGAACACCAUAACAAGACAGCUUAAAGGGACACUAUAGGCAUCCAGACCCCUUCAUCUCAUUGAAGUGGUUGGGGUGCAGUGCAUCUGUCCCCUUAACUCUGCAGCUGAAAACCUGGCAGUUUUGGAGAGAAUACAAUGUUUGCAUUGCAGGGUUACAGGAACACUAUAGAGUCAAGAGCACAAAUGUGUAUUAAUGACCCUAUAGUGUUAAAAUAACAAUAUGGCCCCACUGUGCCCCUCUAUAUUUAGCAAAAACCUUACAUUUGUUCUGCAGCUUCUGACUCUGCCCCGAUCUGCCUGGUUGACUGACAUCAUCAAAAGUGAGUCUUUCAGCCAAUCACAAUGCUAUCCCAUUGGAUUGGCUGAGACUAUCGGGUUAGAGCCAGCCCAUGCCAAACUCAGCCUUGGCAAAUCCGCAUAUCCUCAUAGAGAUGCAUUGUAUCAAUGCAACUCUAUAAGGAAUGUUCAGGGUCUCCAUGGAGAGAAGCACCUCUAGCAGCCAUCUUAGGAGUGGCCAGUGGAGGUAUCCCUAGGCUGUAAUGUAAAAAUAGCAUUUUCUCUGAAAAGCCAGUGUUUACUGCAAAAAGAUAACAUAAAGAGGUUAUGCCAAGUAACAAACUAUGUAAAUAGAUACUAGAAAAAUACUGCAAAUAUAUAAAAAAUAUGAGUCCAAAAACAGUGAUGAUAGUUAAAUAGCACAAUAAAAUAGCAGUGAAAAAAAAAGUCCCCACCCUCAGGGUCCCACUCCCGUGGCGCGGAAGGGGUUAAUCCCUUACCUUUUUUCCAGCGCCGGGCUCCCUCAGCGCUGGGACUCUCCUCCCUCUUCUGACGUCCCUGGCUGAAUGCGCAUGCACGCGCAUAGAGCCAGUCUCAUACGAAAGCAUUCUCAAUGCUUUCCUAUGGACAGCAGCGUCUUCUCACUGUGAAAUCACAGUGAGAAGCGCCUCUAGCGGCUGUCCAUGAGACAGCCACUAGAGGCUGGAUUAACCCAUAGGUAAACAUAGCAGUUUCUCUGAAACUGCUAUGUUUACAGCAAAAAGGGUUAAACCUAGCUGGACAUGGCACCCAGACCACUUCAUUAAGCUGAAGUGAUCUGGGUGCCUAUAGUGGUCCUUUAAGAACAAGGGCUGUUUUUACAUUUCUCAGUGUUUGUGUUUAGCUGUAAUUGUCCUCUUACUCGUUUAUUGUACCCCCACAUUAUUUUUAUAGGGACAUUGUGACACUGUUAACUGUCAUAAAUCUCUGAAUCACACUAGGGAUCGACCGAUUAUUGGCCGAUAUUCUGUUUUUUCAGCAAUAUCGGUAUCUGCUAAUAAAGAUACCGAUAAUGCAGACCACGGCUGCCAUCAGGGACCUGGGGGCCCUGGGGCGCCAAGCACACACUUACCUUCCCUGUCUAAAUCUCGCGAGUCCCGCGUCCAUCAGAGCGUUGCCAAGACAGUGGAGCAGCUGGGAAUGUAAAUUAGAGUGUUCUGGGCCCCCAGGACCGCCGUGAGACCCCCAGGGAAUGUCAUAUUUCCUCUCCCCUCCCCCCCUCCCUGGCCAGGUAAGAAGCAGGGAGGAGAGAAUAAAACUAAAUGUAAAUAAAAUAAAUAUUUUUUUUUAAAUAAGUUAAAGGGACACUAUAGUGUGAGGAAAACCCCUCCCGUGGUGCUGAAGGGGUUAAAACCCUUCAGUAGCUCACCUAAUUCCAGCGCCAGGCUCCCUUACCUCUCCUCACCCACCGACGGCAGCAUCCUCGUCCGACGUCACAGGAGCCGAAUGCACAUGCGCGGCAUUCAAAGUGUCCGUAGGAAAGCAUUUUUCAAUGCUUUCCUACGGACGCUCUGCAUGAUUGAGGCAUAAUAUGCCUCAAUCAUUGCAGAUGCGCCUCUAGUGGCUGUCUGAAAGACAGCCACUAGAGGCUGGCUUAACCCCAAAUGUAAACAUAGUAAUUUCUCUGAAACUGCUAUGUUUGCAUCUGAAGGGUUAAAAUUUGAGGGACCUGGCACCCAGACCACUUAAUUGAGCUGAAGUUGUCUGGGUGACUAUAGUGUCCCUUUAACAAAAUAAAAAUGACCCCUUACCAUUUUACACACAUUACAUACCUACACAAACACUCACUGCACAAAUACACACUGCAUUCAUUAUAUACACACACUGCACAAAUGCACACUGCAUUCAUUAUAUACACACACACUGCAUUCACUAUACAUCCACUACACAAACACACACACUGCAUUCACUAAUCAGAUACACUGCAUCCACUACACACACACACACACAUUCUUGAAAACAUAAAGAAUUCUGACUGGCAUGUAUAUUUUGUGCAUUUACCUUACUAAAAAAAGAUUUGCAAAAAAAUAAAUAAUUAACAUGUUCAGUUAACAGUAGAUUUGUGUAGAAAUAGUUUAUUUUUUUCAAAAUGGUAAAUGUACAUGGUAUCGGUAAGUUAUCGACUAUCUGCCUAAAAGUUCACAGGUUAUCGCUAUCGGCUCUGAAAAAUCAAUAUUGGUCGAUCCCUAAAUCACACCUCACAUGUACAUAUUUUUUUAAAGUAGAAUAUCCAGGGUAUUCAAUAUGGCGUAUGUCCAGUCUUUUUUAGUAGCCACUAAUUUAGCAUUUAUAUUUCUUUGUGUAAAAAAAAAAAAAAAAAAUGCAAAAAACAAUUAUGAAUGCUAACUUUGGCCAGUGUUUGUGACUAAGUGGCUACUAAAAAAGACUGAACAUACCCCAUUUGCCAUAGCUUGGGUUGUCUUCUUUUGCAAAUGGCAUGCCAUCAUGGGGGUAAUUCUCAUUCCAGGGCUACCAUACGCUCUCAAAGGCAACAUAACCAAUCUGGUAAAUUUCAAUGUCAAAAAACUUAAAAUCAAGCCUUAUUUUUGACCCAGUAACUUUCAAAAACACUAUAAUACCUGUACAUGGGGGUUACUGUUAUACUCAGGAGACUUCGCUGAACACAAAUGUUAGUGUUUCAAAACAGUAAAACAUGUCACAACAAUUAUAUAAUCAGUGAAAGUGCUGUUUGUGUGUGAAAAAUGCAAAAAAUUUCACUUUCACUGACUAUCAUCGCUGUGAUCUGUUUUACUGUUUUGAAACCCUAAUAUUUGUGUUCAGAUAUCAAAAUGCACUUAGAACAAAAGUGUGUGUGUGUGUGUGUGUGUGUGUAUAUAUAUAUAUAUAUAUAUAUAAUUAUAUCUCUUAAAGAAAGAUAGCACUCCAAGGACUUUGUAAUAAAGUUGAAAAAAACUUAGCUUUUAUUCAGGCAACUGCCACAGUGGAUCAGCGUUUCAGUUCUGUAUCAGAACUUUCGUUAUAAUAAAGGUGCAAAACAAAUAACCAGUUUUAAAUAACAAACCAUUCUAAUUAAUUACAUUGUAUACAGAUGUCACUUACCCUUUGCCCCGUUUAAUUGUCCAAGCUGAUGGCAGAAAAUCACGGGUGAAUUUGGCCCGUUUUCAGAAUAUUCAUCAGUUGUACUGUGAGCUACUGUGACCUGUAUGCGUUCCAGCAGUUACUGUGGAGAUCGGCUGGAACGCAAGAGGGCAUGGGGAUUGUUUGAGGGUUGUCAUAGCAACCCAAAGCGGCUGAGAAUGCCGGCGAUCGCUCACCAAAUAUAGAGGGUGCAGAGGGAUCAGUGUUGAAGAAAUGUCACAAAAAACACACAUGAUAAUUACAUAAAGAUAUAUACAUAUUUCUACCCUGAUGUUUGACUGUUAGGAGGUAUCAACUCCCUUCGUACACUUAGAUCUUGCAUCUGGCUUAAAAGACAAUUUGUCUCAAAUUGGUAGACAGGUGUAUGUAUGAAAUGUGUGGGAUAGGUAUAUAACCCUCUGAUCCCACGAUCAGAAGAUAGAAAUAUAGAUAUAUGUGGAUGUAGAUAUCCUGGAAGUCUUUAACUAGCUUAUAAAUUCUAAAGUAGCUUGUAUCUCAAUCUGAGUACAGGAGCUACCAAUCACAUAAUAGGCUCUAAAGUUAGUACUGUUCUAUAUUAAAAUAGUUGUAAUAGGUCUGGUAUGGAUACAGAUUGUAUACUUAAUAUGUAUUAUUCCAACUAGUACCCACAGGGUUAAAUGUCUAAACCAAUGUAAAUGUACUAGCCCAAAUGAUAACCCCUUGUGUUCUGGGACUUAAAGGGACAAGAUAGUCUCCUGAACAACUUCAGCUUAAUGAGGUUGUUCAGGCGAGAACUAUGGCUCCCUGUAGCCUUUCUCAUGUAAACACUGUAUUUUCUGAGAACACACGGUGUUUACAUUGAAAGCUAGGAACACCUCCAGUUGCAGUCACUCAGAAUGAACCAGAGGGACUUCGGAGUUGAUGGAGGCAUAAUAUGCCUCCAUCCACUCAGAUCUGCUGUCAGCAGAGCACAGGGCAGCACUGUGCACAGCAUCCUGUGAUUCAGUAUCUCCUCCCUCUGCAUGCAGACAUUGAACUUUCCUCAUAGAUUCAUUGAUUCAAUUCAUCUCUAUGAGGAGGUGCUGAUUGGCCAGGGAUGUGUUUGAAUCAUGCUGGCUCUGCCCCUUUGUCAGUCUCAGCCAAUCUUAUGGGGAAGCACUGUGAUUGGAUCAGGCUACCACAUAUCAGCAGACUGCUUGUUUUUCUGAGUAUAACAGCAUGCAGAUUUACAGCUUUAGGCUUGAAUAAAGUAAGAUUUUUACUAUAUUUAUGGAGGCAUGAGGGGCCCAGGGGGGCUAGAUGGUGGUGUUAACACUAUAGGGUCAGGAAUACAUGUUUGUGUUCCUGACCCUAUAGUGAUCCAUUAACUUGUACCCAGUUGUUUUGGUGAGUGUAAAUAGAAAUAUAUGUACCAGAUGGAUAAGUUGCCAGUAUGCCAAAUAAAUAUGCAAUGUAGGACUAGUAAAUACUUAUGGUCCUAUAGUUAAACAGGCUAUUUAUAAAUAUGUACAAUCAAUAGUAAGUAUUAAUAUCAACACAUGCAUCAAUAUGUUUAGAAGCAUGCUCAAAUAUAUAUUCUGAUUUCAUAUAUAGAAGGCGAAUGCCUGAAGUUGUGGGAAGGAUUUAAAGCCUAUAUAACCCUGUAAACCCCUUGCUUACCUGUCUUCGGAAAUUCCCCUUCCGGGUUGCACAGACCUCUGAUGUCAUUUCCGCCCCGACACAAGUAUGCGAUACACAGCGUUCGGCAAGUUCUAGUUUCAAUCGUAAGUAGUUUUGGCAAUACAAAGGUUUCACUAAAGUACCAAUUCGCCAGUUCCACUCACAUACACUACUGGCAUUUCAUUCGUAUGGGGCAUACUGAGUUAUAAAUUCAGGCAAACAUACUAAUAACGUUUCGGCUCAAACCGAUCGGGAAAAUCAUUCGUAUAUACUAUUUCGUUAAAAGCCUAUUCAUAUGUCACCACUGUUCGCAUAUCUAAUUUUCUUGAAUACUGGAACAUGAGUUUAUAUUCAUGUACUUUGUUCGGCUAAUCAUUCGUAUUAAAGUCACAUUUCGUGUAAUACAUGGGAUACAGCAAGCAAUGUUAAGCAUUUUGGCACCAAUAAUUCACAGGAAUUUACAGGUUAAUCUAGGUCUAUGUUAAUUACAAAUUCGCAAUUCUGUUAUUUUGUUUCAUUGAUACUAAGAUGUUAAGUCAUGGAAUUUACCUUUGAAAUCACUCUCCUUUCAAUUCUAGGGAUAACUUUCGGAAUACAUUACUUUCAAAUACGCUGAAUUACAUAAUUACGUUUCGGUUAGUAAUAAUUAUUUUCUUUAAGACUCUAUUUCACUCCUCUCUUCUACAUUCCUAAACUAGUAGACUCAGCAAACUCAAUCGUCUUUAAUGUAGGCAUAAUUUAGCCACAAACAUUAUACGUUAAUAAGUUUAACUUAAACAAAUUUCUGGUAAUAAACGGAUAAUUUAAUACUACAAAUUAAUUUAAUCUAUAUACGGACCUGCCAGAGUUAUAAACUAACAAAACUGCUACCUAUAUAUAUUUUUUUUUCUCUUCUUUCUCUUCCUCCUGCGUCCAUUCUCCGCAAAUUGGGGCAUCAGCCUAGAUAAAACCGCUUGGCUAAAACAGUCAUAAAUAGCUCCUUAGAUCAUCUCAAGUACUUGUCACAAAUUCACGUACAGGUAAGGAUAACGAGCAUCUUAAACAAUACGUUCAGUCUUGCUUUUAUUCUCCCUCCCAGUUUAGACAUGGCUGGCUGUCAGGGUCUUAGGAGCCCAAUAGCGGUAGUCUCCUUCCGGCUUCUUCGCCUUAGGUUAGUGGUCCCGCGAGGCCAACACCCAUCUUCAAUUUGGAGGUACUACGCCCCUCGGGCCAAAUCAUAGUUAGCCGCCUCUCAUGUGGUAUAGAGAGGGCCUCACCUGUCACGCCCAUUCUAUCUUAUGCUUACUACUCACCGAGAGGCCAACACCAUGCCACAAAGCUCGGUGGCCACGAAAUCCCCUUGCGCCAACUCAUAGGUAGAGCCUCUCAAGCCGCUUGGCACCUAGCAGGACCUCACCAGUCACCAACCUAGUGUAAUUGCUUCGCCGCGGAACGGCACUAGCUAGUCAGCCAGCACACAAAUUUUCCUAACCUGAACGUUUCCUCUCACGCCCAUAGCAUGUCUAACGCUUCAGUACGAGAUGCCGAGCUAUCACUUGCCAGCACCCCGUCAAGGUCUAACGCUCAGCCAAGACAGUCCAGUAUGACACCCAGCUACAGAUCCUGGACUGUUCCAAAAAUCACAGCCGAACUGAAUAGAAGAAACAUUCCCUUUAUGGCUACAGCCAGGAAAGCUGAACUUUUCCGUUUACCAAGCACCCAAAACGCUGAUGAAACACCGGGCCCUAGUUCUGAAUGUACAAAACAAUUUGGCAGAACUACAGAGUAUGAUGACCUCUUUGGUUGCUUCUGUAGCUACUAUAAACAACAGGUUAGAAAACCUGGAAGCCACUAGUCAAACUAGCAUUCCAGAAGUACAAAGGAUAACUUGAAACAAGAUCAGGAGGUAACUCCACUCCUAUUCCUGCCAAAAGAACGAAUAUUAUUAACCCAGUACAUCUGAUUCCACAAAAUCUAAAAUGUGACAUACUAGAAGGGAAAGAUGUUAAUCUAGCUUCCCUCCUCACAGGAUAUAAUCGAAAAUAGGUCUUACAACUUCGACGAUAUAUCCAUGUUACUGAAAUCUAGAGAUCCUAGGCUUAAUAAUAAGCUAAAUAUUCCUGAAUUUGUGCUAGCUUUUGGGUUAUAUAGGGAUGUAAUUUGCUCUUCCUUCCCACACCGUAGAGAAGAGCUGGAUCUAUAUCUGCACAAGCUGGUGGAACUAGCUUACAAAUACGGCGGUUACGCCUUCUACGACUACCAUAAGUCCUUUUCGGCCAGAUCAGCCACGUCACUGGCUCAGUAUAACACUCCUACCGACUGGAGUCAGUUGGACACAGAAUUAUUCUGUAGACAUUUCGCGGGGCUUAAAACACCAGCAUGUGCAAUAUGUUCUUCAGCCUCUCAUACAGCAAAUUUUUGUCCUAGUAAUAUAGAUGGUCCGUCUACUAGUAACACCAAUUCAGACUAUCUUGCUAACACAACUCAGAGGGAAGGGAAAGACAAGUUAGGGAGGCCUAUAGUGUUUCUUGGGAAAGCACAAGUUUGUAAUAACUUUAAUGCUGCGGGUUGUAGUUAUAGCGCUUGUAGACUGCUCCACUUUUGUUCAAUCUUUUUUAGAGCACACGCAAAAACUAUGUGUCCAAACAAACUGUUCCCUAAGAAAUCAAUGACUUCAAUAAACGUACCCAAUGUACAACAUUACUUGACUGAACAUCCUUCUUCACAGCUGGUUGACUUUCUCAUCUCUGGUUUCACUAGAGGCUUUCACACCGGUUUAGUAGCACUCCCUUCAGGCAUACUAGAAUGCCACAACCUACAGUCUGCGAUAACAGGUCCAGCCAGUCUAAAAGAUCUUCUCAACAAAGAAGUAGAAUACGGUUUUAUGAUAGGACCCUUCACCACACCACCAUUCACUUCUUGGAGAACAAGCCCACUAGGUAUAGCCACGGGCAAAUUUAAUAACAAAAAGAGGUUAAUAAUCGAUUUCUCAGCUCCUCACUCCUCCACCUCCCCAAGUUUGAAUUCCCUUAUACCUUCAGAAGACUUCUCACUACAAUAUGCUAAAAUAGACGACGCCAUACAAGCAGUUGUCAAUUUUGGUAAAGCAGCCUGGUUAAGCAAAACGGAUAUCACAAAUGCUUUCAAACUUCUACCAAUUAAACAGUCACUAUGGCGUUAAGUGGGAAGAGAAAUACUAUUUUGCGACUAGGCUGACCUUCGGCUCCAAAAGCAGCCCAAAUAUUUUCGACAUAUUCGCAGAAACCUUGAAUUGGCUACUACUUAACAAAUCCAGGUGCCCAGUAGUAAUCCACUACCUCGAUGAUUUUCUUUAUGUUGAGCCUCACCACUACACACCACACAGUCUGAAAAAUGCACUCUCCCUAUUUAAGGAAUUAGGAGUCCCGGUAGCACCAAAUAAGACCGAAGGUCCCAGUACAGAAAUAACCUUCCUAGGUAUCACACUCAAUUCUGUAACUAUGCAAGCUAGCCUUCCUAAAGUCAAAGUAGACAGGAUCUUAACUCACAUUCACACCUGCACCAAUCACGGGUCCUGCACCAGGAAAAAACUACAGUCACUUUUGGGUUCUUUUAACUUCGCCAUGAGAAUUAUUCCUCGAGGCAGGGCUUUCAUCUCUAGGUUACUUUCUCUUCUACAUGGCCUCCCUGACGACGACAGUAAGAUUGAUCUAGACUAUCCUGUAAGGGCUGACCUAAAAAUGUGGAGUCUGUUUUUAUCCUCAUGGAAUGGUAGGUCAUUGUUCAUUCCCCCCAUCUCUGACGAGUCCCCGGUUAUCUGGACACAUGCUGCAGCUACCGUCGGGUAUUUGGACACGAAUGGGUAUAUGACAGUUGGCCACCCAAAACAGCUACCCUAGAAAACUUUAAUAGAACAUCAGCACUGUUUGAGAUCUUCCCAAUAGUAGCAGCAGCACACAUUUGGGGAGAAAAUUGGAGGGGUAAGGCAGUUAGGUGUUUUUCUGAUAACAUAGCAGCUUGUAACAUAAUUAACAAAGGCCGCUGUCCAUCCCUGUCAGUUAUGAAGCUAGUAAGGAAACUCACAUGGUUGGCAGCAAAUUUGCAGUUUUACAUUUGUUGUAUUCAUUUUCCAGGCAUUUUCAAUAACGCAGCUGACGCUUUGUCACGUUUUAAUUUACAGGAGUUUUUCAGACUGCACCCUACAGCGAACAAGCAACCCAAAACUCCUCCGCAAUUCAAAGACCUAAUCAUGCAUUAAACCAGUUAUUAGCUCACAGUAGAAUUCUCGCACAGGCAGGGUUGUCAGUAAACUCGAAAAAAGUGUACAAUAGGGGAUUUGACAUGUUUAAAAAAUGUGUUUGUGGCUUUAACAUCAUUUUUCUAUAGAAACCAUGGUUGCUUUUACAACUUUUUGCCACUUCUCGUUAAAACUAGCCUACAAUACCAUCAAACUAUACUUGACGGGGAUACAACAUUUCAUGCUAAUUCUUUAUCCAAACAAGACUUCUUUCUUAUCCACAUACCCCAUAAAAAAACAUACUAAGAGGUAUCCAGAGACUAAAAAUCCAAAAAUCCCUAAAAAGACUCCCCAUAGACAGUAACAUCUUUAAAGAAAUCUCCAAGUUAUUAGAUAAAAGUCCUUUUGAACAUACCACUAACCUGGUAAUUUAAUCAGCAGCUUGUUUGGCCCUUUUCGCGUUUCUAAGACCCAAAGAAUUUACGGUAGAGAAAAUAUCUGACAUUAACAUUUGCCUUAAACAGAAAAACGUAACAAAAGUAAACGAUCAUUACGUCCUAGCGAUCCCCCGCACAAAAACAAACCAAGCAGGCCCCUCAGUGGAGAUUAAGUAUUUCCCUACCGGUUCGAAAUGGUGCCCAGUUCAACUGCUAGAUAAUUUGAUAAAAAAUCAGCAUAUUAGAAAUCCAGAACUGCCUCUGUUAUCCCUAUAAGGAAAGCCACAUACUACUAAACAAUUCGUGCUAUAUAUACGUUCUUUAUUACUCAGACUUGGCCUCAUUCCGUAUUGGGGCUGCCAAUGCAGGCUCAAGUAUUCAGGUUACAACACAUAUCAUAAAGAAAAUAGGUUGCUGGAAAUCUUCUUCAUACAAUCGGUACAUUCCAAACCCAGAGAAAGAAAUCAGACUCGCUUUCUAUAAUAUGUCUAAAUAAUGUUGUUUAGUUGUUGUAAUAAAUAAACAUGUUUAAAUACUUUUUGGCCCUCUUUAUACUGGCCUAACCUCUCGUCGGUUUCGGCACACCUCAACCGACUUGUGUUUAUCAAACUACUCUCACUUUAAGUGUACGCCCCCUUUCAUAAUCCCUGUGGCGAAACCAGCCUCGCCACGUGUCCUUGGAGGGGGCUGCUUGCCCGCCUCUUGCCUUUGGACUAUGGACCAGACUUUAUGUGAAUGUAUUAACCCAGAUAGCUAUGCCAUGUAGCCCAUUCGUGUAGUUAAAAACUUUGGCUCCAUGGCAAUUGAACUGUGUGAAUAGGAUCUGAGCGCUAUUCUGUAGUUUUGUGCGCUCAGAUCCCAACUAUCUGGGGAUAUGUGACAUGUCUGUGUUUUAUGUAUAAAAUGUGACUUUGUGUAUUUUAUAAUAUUUUAAUGCUUUGUGCUCACCAUGUGCAUAAUGGAGUCUUGUGUCUGUCCUGGGAGAUAAUUGAAUUACUUCUCAAUUCAAUCUCCAGGAUAGAAGACUCUGAAACUGGUUUGGGCCGGAAAGCCAUGCUUCAUUUAGUCACAAAGGACUUUCCCUUAACUUUUGAACCCCUGGUCUGAUUCGUGCCAUUUUUUUAAUAUGUUGUUCCCCUGAAUGGAUUGAUUAUGAAAAUGUAUGCUUUAUGUUUGUGACAUGUAUAUUUUAGAAGUUAUAAAUAUUGUGUAAAACUGUAUUCCUCUGCCGGUGAUAAUGAGAUUACCCAUUGUGUUCAGUAAUCAUAUCACAGGCAGAGGGGAGAGUUUGUGUGGGAGUGUCUGGGUGUAUUGUACGGAUUGAUUGGUUGUUUUGUAACGCCCUGUGGGCUGUACUAUGUUUGUGGAUUGGGAAUAAAAGAGACUGUAUGUGACAGUACAGGGAGUUCCUGUUUUAACCCUCAAAGUGAAGUGUCGUCUCAUUAUUGGGGGAGGAUUUAAUUGUAUGCUGUUCCAGUUUGACUGCUAGGAGAGUAAACCUAUUCGUAUGGUUCCUAUUCAGCUGUCUACAGCAUUCAUAUGCUUGAGAGGAUUCAUAUGCUUCUCCGGUUCGGUGGUUGUGGUGUCUGCUGCAGUGCUUGGAGUCCUCAGGAAGCACUAGGAGCAUCCUUUAACGGAGGUACCCAGUCGGGGUGCCAGGCGAUCUGUUACAAUCCCGUACACAAAAAUAUAUAUAUUUUUGUGUACGGCACAUUACGAGGAUGUAAGGCAAUGAUAGUAAAAGAAGCAGUAAAAGAAGUAGCAAGUCUGUUGAGGUUAGGCCUGUAAAAGAGGGCAAAAUUAUUUAGAAGCGAUACUCAAAAUACAUAUAAGUUUAUUUAAAUACAAACAUUAUUUAGACAUAUCAUGGAAAGCCAUUCGUAUUUCUUUUUCAGGGUUAGGAAUGUACCUAUUGUAUGCAGAUGAUUUCCAUCUUCCCAUGUUUUGUAUGAUGUAUGUAGGUACUUGGUUACCUGAAGCUGCACCAAUGCGAAAGGAAUGACCCGUGAAAGCGUUUGGGUUAUGUCCUAGCCGAAACAAUAAUGUACGGAUGUAAUACAUAAAUUGUUUGGUGGUUAGGGGUUUACCUUGAAUAGCUAACAGUGGACAACACGGUUGUGAAGAAAUUUGGGACAUCAGUAGUUUAUCUAAAACUAGGAUAGGACACCAUUUGGUAGAGGUAGGAUAGUAUUUAAUUUCUAUCGGAGGGCCUGUUUGGCUUGUGUGUGUGUGUGUGUGUGUGUGUGUGUAUAUAUAUAUAUAUAUGUGUGUGUGUGUAUAUAUAUAUAUAUAUAUAUAUAUAUAUAUAUAUAUCAGCACUCUAGGUUUUGUGAUGUGUCCUGAUGAAAACUCAGAACAGGGGCUGAAACGUUGACCCUUUUGGUUUGACAGAAAAUAAAAAGCGACUUUUGGAAGACCUAGAGUGACGGUAUUUUUCUAUUUUAUAUACUACAUUGUUACUGGGCACCAGGCUGUAUUAUUCGAUAUUUAGAGUGCAGGAAUUCCAAUUUCUAAUAUAUAUUUCAUAUAUAUAUAUAUAUAUAUAUUUUUUUUUUAAUAUGAUCCAACCAUUUUGAGAUGGGUUCUAGUGUACCGUCAACAGCUGAUACAAUGGGACGUCCAGGGGGUUUCUCCGGGUGUUUCUGUAUCUUAGGGAUACUGUAUAUGAUUGGCGUAAGUGUAUGUUGUUUGUGUAAAAACUGAUAUAGUUGGAUAUCGAUGUAGCGUGCCAUUGAGAGGUUCUCCUCUAUCCUUAGUUAGAUUUCUUUAGUGGGAUCACAUAGUAACGGACGGUAUUAUGGUCUUGAAGUUCUGCCUGUAGUUCUUCGACAUAAUAUUUGCAGUCCAUGACAACAAUACCCCCUUCUUUGUUGACUGUAUACUAGAACCCAUCUGUAACGGCUACCCUGCUGUAGGGGGGAUAUCUGCCAUUGGAGACGUCCUUUUCUAGGCAAUCUGCUGUGAAGUAAUGGAGUUCUUAUUCCCAUCCACAAUAUCCAAGUGUAUAAUCCGGCAAUGCUGUAAAAUGAGGCAGAGUAACGGUACCAUAAAUCCCCUCCAAGAACGAGACGAGGCUACCUUUUGAAGGGUCAAGCAGAACUGAUGUUUAUUGACAGGGGUCUCCUUUUAUGCAAUAGUGCCCUCUGAAAGGCUACACCCACAUAAUUAUCACAACAGCCAAUUAGAUACAUGGUUCAACCCCCACGUCUCCUCCCCUCAGAUAACAUAUAAUUAAAACAGACACAAUUUUAAUCACAUUCUGGAUGUACCCCAAAAACAGGGGGUACACCUUUAAGUCCAGCUCUCACUCAGGGGAACAAUAUAUCCAAAUUUCAGCCCAUUCGGUUGAGGGAUUCAGGAGUUAUGGAUCUUUGAAUUUUUGACCGACCGCACAGGUUUUCUAGCCGAAAAGAGUUCCAUAAGUUUUGGCCUUGCGGUCGGUCUCCAUUCGUGCAUUAAAACGCCACGAACCCCUUGUCAUCCUGGUGUUCGCUGGAAUCCCUAUGCAGGCUUAAACAAACCUACCGAACGGCCGGUCGUUCAGUAGUUCCAGAACGAACUUACGAGCUCCUGGAGGUCUCAGCGGUGUUCGCCUGUUUGCGUAUCCGUUUUUUAGUUCCAUGCGUUCACAGGCAAACACCGCCGUUCGUGCGUAAGAUGGCCGCGAACACGUGUAAAGUCCCGAAAUGGCGGCCAUCUAACCUGAGCACAAAGGAAUUCGUAUGAACCAUGCGAACGGCUCCACAAGCACUGGGAGGUAAACUAUCAAUUAACUGUUCCCCUGGGUGGUCUGAUGUUCGGUAUUUUGGGCUGUGUGUUAUAGUAGGAAUAUUUCCACGAAGACUAGCCAUUCGGUUUUUGUUUGACACAUCCAGCAGCGUUGUUAUUUAAGUCCAGGCAAAAGCAUAGGUACAAUCAUAGUUCUGUUACACCAUCUCAAAAUGGUUGGAUCAUAUUUUUAAAGGGCCAGUUGAGGAACUUCAUACUUGUGUUAAAGGACCACUAUAGUGCCAGGAAAACCUACUCGUUUUCCUGGCACUAUAGUGCCCUGAGGGUGCCCCCACCCUCAGGGACCCCCUCCCGCCCGGCUCUGGAAAGGGGAAACUGGGUGUAACGGACAGUUUUGCCCAAAAGAGGUUAAACGUUUAGGCGAUAUUCCCCUUUUUCAGCUGCACUGACAGCUACUGCAAGCACCAAUCUCCUGAACUGCAUACCCACGAAUUCACCAACUCCUGAACUGCAUACCAAGGGAAUACUCGAAACUCCCGAACUGGAGACACACGAAUAGUUGCUAGCAGACGAACAGGAAAAGCCCCCAAGCGGCUUACACUCCUGGCAAUCAGUCUCUAACAGCAUACAGUAAAUCCUCCCCCAAUAAUGAGACGACACUUCACUUUGAGGGUUAAGCAGGAACUGAUUUACUGGGGCUAACUGCCCGGCUUUUAUGCAGGUCUCCCAUCUGGUGGACACUCCCCUAGGGGACCAAAUGGGAGACUGGGACACAAAGGGUAAAAGGACCAAUCACAGACUUACACAUUUCAACCAUCCCACAAUGCAUCACAAUCCCUCCUCUCUGCUCUGGAGAUAAUUGAGAAGUAAUUCAAUUAUCUCCAAAGACAGAGGCAAAACUCCAUUAACCACAUGGCAGAAAACAAACAGUAAAAGACAUAAAAUUACCUACAGUUACAUUCAGUACAUAAAACAUAUACGUUCUACAUAUCCCCAGAUAGCUCAGGUCUGAGCGCACAUUAUUAAGCGAAUGGCGCUCAGACCACACGAAUACAGUUUAAUCGCCAUGGAGCCAAAGUCUUUACACAGUCAGUUUCAUGCGAAUGGGCUCCAUGGGAUUCCUAUCUGGGGCACAACACACUCAAACAAAUCUACCGAACACCCGGCAGAAAAGCACGAAUAAGUCUUUUCUGCAGGGAAAAAGAUGUCUUUUAACAUGGGGCCAUAGUCCAAAGGCAGCAUGCGAGCAACCAGGCUUCUCCAGUGUACAGUGGCGAGGUUGGUUUCGCCACACUUCUCCCCUUUACCAAUCAGACUAACAGGGUAUCUGACCCCAUGCCGGUCAGUGCCCUUGUUAGUCCAGCAGCCCACCCACAAGAACUGGUUACUACACCUGGGUAGAAGAGAACGUUGUCCAUGUCCAGGCGCCUCACCAUGGCUGUGUGGGUGACUGGUAAGCGUACUGGGUGGGUUGCUGAGUGGGCAGAGACCAGCGGUACUCUGUCCUGGUGCCAGCACUACCACGGGAGUAGUCUGGUUGGAGCCUGGUUGCUGGAGGGGGAGACCGACUGUCUCCCCUUUUGCUAAACAGCCCUGUCGCUGGGGGCAAAACCGACCGUCCCUACCCCCUGUGCUGUAAGUGCAGAGACCACGGUCCCAUCUGCACGGCUGUGGGGCUUCUCAUCUCCCCUUGGUGGGCUAGGCCGCCGCUGGGAAGUAUUCUCCCCUCCUGAUAGAAUACUCUGCCGCUGGGGAGCCGGACCGGCUGUCUGUACUCCCUGUAGCUUGGGCGCAGAGACGGUCCCAUCUGCGCCGGUGGGGAGCUUAAUGUUUCUCCUUGGUGGGCUACGCUGCCUCUGUGGAGAGGGGUCAACAAGCUCUUCUCCCUGACACUCUCCCUGCUGGGGGAGAGGGGAACAGACUGUCUCUCCUUUCAAUAUAUUGUCCUGCUGGGGAGGGAGGAUGGUACCUUCGGCUCCCUGGGACUCACUUGACUGCUGAGGAGAGGGACCAACUGUCUCCUCUCCUAAGAACACACACGGCCGCUGGGGAGGGAGGACAGCACCUUCAGCUCCCUGGGACACACACUGCUGCUGGGGAGGAAGGACGGCACCUUCCGCUCCCUGGGACACACACUGCCGCUGGGGAUGAAGGACGACACCUUCAGCUCCCUGGGACACACACUGCUGCUGGAGAGGAAGGACGACACCUUCCGCUCCCUGGGACACACACUGCCGCUGGGGAGGAAGGACGACACCUUCAGCUCCCUGGGACACACACUACCGCUGUGGAGGAAGGAUGACACCUUCAGCUCCCUGGGGGACACACUGCCGCUGGGGAGGAAGGACGACACCUUCAGCUCCCUGGGGGACACACUGCCGCUGGGGAGGAAGGACGGGUCUCUCCCAACCUGUCAACUCACGUGUCUGCCCUGCUCCGACCUGCAGGUACUCUUCUACCUGUCUCCUCACGAACUGCACGUAUUUCUCCGGGGGGUUGGGUCCAAAGAAAGCCAGCCGCAUGGUAAACUCUGUCAUACUGCUCCUGAGUGUAGCUGGGUGCCAUGCUUGCGCUGCUGAAGUUGGUUCUUUUGUAGAUAGGGUCGCUGUACGGGUACUGGCGUUGCCCUCAAUUUGUAAUCCAGGAACUGGUGUUGUCUUGUAGCUGUCCUUCUGGGCUGUGGAAAUGAUCCCGUCGCUUGCCACCAAUGUAACGGAUCAUCUGGCACCCCGACUGGGUACCUCCGUUAAAGGAUGCUCCUAGCACUUCCUGAGGACUCCAAGCACUGCAGCAGACACCAAAACCACCGAACUGUAGGAGCAUAUGAAUGCUCUCAAGCAUAUGAAUGUUGUAUACAGCCGAAUAGGAAAAACCAUGCGAAUAGGUUUACACUCCUAGCAGUCAAACUGAAACAGCAUACAAUAAAUCCUCCCCCAUUAAUGAGACGACACUUCACUUUGAGGGUUAAGCAGGAACUGAUUUACUGGGGCUAACUGCCUGGCUUUUAUGCAGGUCUCCCACCUGGUGGACACUCCCCUAGGGGACCAAAUGGGAGACUGGGACACAAAGGGUAAAAGGACCAAUCACAAACUUACACAUUUCAACCAUCCAACAAUGCAUCACAAUCCCUCCUCUCUGCUCUGGAGAUAAUUGAGAAGUAAUUCAAUUAUCUCCAAAGACAGAGGCAAAACUCCAUUAACCACAUGGCAGAAAACAAACAGUAAAAGACAUAAAUUACCUACAGUUACAUUCAGUACAUAAAACAUAUACUGUAUUUAUCGGCGUAUAACACGCACUUUUUCUCCCUGAAAAUAGGGGAGAAAUCGUGGGUGCGUGUUAUACGCCGGCCCUUUAAAUACUGCAGCCGCCUGAGCGCUCUCUCAAGAGCGCUCAGGCGGCUGCAGUUGGUACUCACCUCCCCUGUAGCGUGGCCGAGCCGCUCUGCCGUCCGCGGUGAUAGGAAGGUGCACGCUCAGUGUGCACCUUCCUGUCAGUCCGACCGGGUACAGGAAACAAACUCCUGUUCCGCGCGGAACAGGAGUUUCUGUUUCCUGUACCCGGUCAGACUGACAGGAAGGUGCACACUGAGCGUGCACCUUCCUAUCACUCCGGCCGCCACCGCGGACGGCAGAGCGCUCGGCCACGCCAAGGGAGGGGCAAAGAAGGGGAGUGGGGAGUAAGAAAGGGGGUAAGAAGAGGGGGAGGGGGAGUAACAAGGGGGUAAGAGGGGGAGGGGGAAGUAAGAAUGGGGGGUAAGAAGAGGGGGAGGGGGAGUAAGAAGGGGGUAAGAGGGGGAAGGGGAAGUAAGAAGAGGGGGAGGGUGGGUAAGAAGUUCUUUAUUUGAAAUUUAAAGGACCACUCUAGGCACCCAGACCACUUCAGCUUUAUGAAGUGGUCUGGGUGCCAGGUCCCUCUAGGACUAACCCUUUUUUUUUAUAAACAUAGCAGUUUCAGAGAAACUGCUAUGUUUAUACUGAGGGUUAAUCCAGCCUCCAGAGCCUCUAGUGGCUGUCUCAUUGACAGUCGCUAGAGGCGCUUGCGUGCUUCUCACUGUGAAAAUCACAGUGAGAGCACGCAAGCGUCCAUAGGAAAGCAUUGUAAAUGCUUUCCUAUGCGACCGGCUGAAUGCGCGCGCGGCUCCUGCCGCGCAUGCGCAUUCAGCCGAUGACGCCGCGAGCAAGGAGGAGAGGAGGAGUACAGCUCCCCGCCCGGCGCUGGAGAAAGGUAAGUGUUUAACCCCUUCCUCUCUCCAGAGCCCGGUGGGAGGGGGACCCUGAGGGUGGGGGCACCCUCAGGGCACUAUAGUGCCAGGAAAACGAGUAUGUUUUCCUGGCACUAUAGUGGUCCUUUAAGUUUUUUUUCCCUGAAAUUUUCCUCUUAAAAUGAGGUGCGUGUUAUACGCCGGUGCGUGUUAUACGCCGAUAAAUACGGUACGUUCUACAUAUCCCCAGAUAUCUCAGGUCUGAGCGCACAUUAUUAAGCGAAUGGCGCUCAGACCACACGAAUACAGUUUAAUCGCCAUGGAGCCAAAGUCUUUACACAGUCAGUUUCAUGCGAAUGGGCUCCAUGGGAUUCCUAUCUGGGGCACAACACACUCAAACAAAUCUACCGAACACCCGGCAGAAAAGCACGAAUAAGUCUUUUCUGCAGGGAAAAAAGAUGUCUUUUAACAUGGGGCCAUAGUCCAAAGGCAGCAUGCGAGCAACCAGGCUUCUCCAGUGUACAGUGGCGAGGUUGGUUUCGCCACACGGGGUAAAACUUACCUUUUUCCAGCGCUGGGCGGGGAGCUCUCCGCCUCCGAUCUGCCCCGUCGGCUGAAUGCGCACGCGCGGCAAUUGCUGCGCGCGCAUUCAGCCGGUCACAUAAGAAAGCAUUGCUGUUUCAUUAAGCUGAAGUGGUCUGGGUGCCUAGAGUGGUCCUUUAAGGAUACCCAAACAUUACUGAUGAAAAUUUUGAAAGUUCGGUUUGAUGCAAGUAAGCCCAUCUUAAUAACUAUGGAUGUGGCGAGUCUAUACACUGUAAUCCCCCACGAUGAAGGAGUGGAUGCAAUGAGGUCAGUCCUCACACAGGCCAAGAAUUUUCAAGGCCCUCCCAUUGAAAUCGUCCUUGAAUUACUAAUGUUGACACUUCAAAAUAAUUAUUUCCAUUUUGAAGAUGUGGUUUCUGCAAGUGGCUGGUGUUUCAAUGGGGGCAGAGAUGGCCUCCAUGUACGCAAAUUUGUAUGCUUAUGAAGAGAAGUACAUAUUGUCUCAGUUUGGACACAACAUUGUGGGAUACUUCCGCUAUAUCGACGAUUUGCUCAUGAUAUGGACAGAGAGCGAGAGAGAGGGGAAAAAAAUCUUUCCAGGGGUGAUGGACCGAUGCUGGAUGUGCCGGGAGGACACAAAAAUUACUGCAUAUCAUCUGGGAAUGUAGAUUUCGAUCUCCUUUCUGGAGGAGGGUGUAUGACUACAGUAGCUGAUGAGGCACUAGAAUUUCACCUUGCAGAUAUGCUCCUGAGCCGUAUUAAAUUACCCAUUUCUAAAUAAUGAAAACCAUAUCCAAACAUCUGUUAACGGCGGCUUAAUAGCUGAUCCCUGCCUCUUGGCUACAACAAGGCCCGCCGUCCCAUCAGAGUUUGCUGGGUUGAGUGUAAGAGAUUCCCCAGAUGAAAGAGCGCAGAGCGGUACUUAAGGAGCAGAUAUGAGGACGAGCAGAGAACAUGGCCCUACGUUUUGAGUUCCAUCAACUCAUUUUGUUGCCUCAAGCACCACUUGGAGUGCACAAGAGAGCUUUUGCAUUGCUUCACGACUAUUCUGAGUUUGUUUAAUUAAUCUUUCCAUCUCCCUCAACUGUCUCAUGUGAACCUGCCUCCCCUUUAACUGUAGUUAUUUUAGAUUUUUUUUCCCCUCCUUAAGCCUGCCACCACUGAGCUUUUUUUGUCUACAUAUUCUCUCUUAUCUUUUUUUGAAUUCAAUCUACUCCAUAAUGCCGUUUCUGCACUGCCUAUUUACACGUAAUACAUUAACUUCUCAGCAUAUUGCACAGUGUCUAACGGAUAGACAGAAUAACUGUUACCCGGGGAAAACUAUAAGCUGAUAGGCCCUAUCUCAACUUUUCGUUUUAUGUUCCAAUAUUGGUUUCUGUUUGGGGUUAUUCAACCAAGACGUAACCUUGUUUCCACUGAUUAUUUCAAAUACAUAUGUAUGUACAUAUUGAUAUGUAACCACCUUCAUAGUGACAUGUUUUGUUUACACCAUAUUGAAAUGAAAGUGUCAUUGUUAUUUCAAAAUGCCACUGCCACAAAUUAUUGUAUGUGACAAAAAAACUUUUAACGUUUGUAAAAAAAAUAAUAAUAAUUAUCCUUACAUUUUAUAAAUUAGAAGAAAAUGCAUUUCUUGGUGAAUUCCCCCAUCUAAAUGCAGUACUUCAUAGAAACAUAAAAUGUGAUGGCAGAUAAGAAACAUUAGGCCCAUCAAGUUUGCCCAAUUUUCUAAAUACUUUCAUUAGUCUCUUAUAUAUUAGUCUCUUAUUAUUAUUAUUAUUAUUAUUAUUAUUAUUAUUAUUAUUAUUAUUAUUAUUAUUAUUAUUUUAUUAUGUAUAUAGCGCCAUCAGGUUCCGUAGCGUUGUACAAAGGGUGGACUAACAGACAUUUAAUUGUAACCAGACAACUCGACAUACAGUAACAGAGAGGUGGCGGGCCCUGCUCAAUGAGCUUACAUUCUAGAGGGAGUGGGGUAUAGUGACAUAAAGGGUAAAAGUAGGGGUACGAAAUAAGAUGUUAGAAAAGUGUUCGCUGAGGGCUUAAUAGGUAAUUUUUGACAGUUGCAGGGGAGGAGUCAUGAAGGGUGGGGGAUGAAAACCUGCUAACAGUUUAAUUGAUAUGCUUUCUUGUCUCUUACAUCUAGGAUAGCCUUAUGCCUAUCCUACACAUGCUUGAAGGGACACUAUAGUCACCAGAACAACUACAGCUUAUUGCAUUUGUUCUGGUGAGUAGAAUCAUUACCUUCAGUCUUUUUGCUGUAAAAACUGUAUUUUCAGAGAAAAAGCAGUGUUUACAUUACAACCUAGUGAUAACUUCACUGGCCACUCCUCAGAUGGCUGUUAGAGAUCCUUCCUGGGUCAUGGCUGCCUAAAAUGCAUCCAAACAUUCAGUGUCUCCACCCUCUGCACGCAGACACUGAACUUUCCUCAUAGAGAUUCAUUGAUUCGAUUCAUCUCUAUGAGGAGAUGCUGAUUGGCCAGGGCUGUGUUUUGAAUUGUGAUGGCUCUGCCCCUGAUCUGCCUCCUUCAGUCUCAGCCAAUCCUACGGGGAGCAUUGUGAUUGGAUCAGGCCACCACGUCUGCUGAUGUCAGCAUGCAGUGGGCAGGUCUAAAGGAAACAGGGACAAAGUAUGCAGCUCCAGACUUGAAUACAAGUAAGAUUUUACUAUAUUUUCGGAGGCAAAGGGGGCUGGAUGGUGGUUUUAACCCUAUAGGGUCAGGAAUACAUGUUUGUGUUCCUGACCCUACAGUACUCCUUUAAACUCCUUAAUGAAGGUGAAUAUAGAAAAUAUGAAGAUCAUGUCUCAACUAGGGUGUAUGGACCAGGCUCUGCCAGCAUCCCAAAUGAGUACCAUGCAAAAUCAAGAUUGUCCAGCACAAACAUUUGCCUUAUAAUCCUUUAUUUUAAGAUGUCACACAAAAAGUUGUUUCGAACUGCCUAGCCUUUGUCAGACCAGGUGAGUCAAAGCAUUUCCUUUUUGUUUGGCACCUUAAAGGAUCAGAAGGCAAAGGUUUUUGCUGGACAAUUUUUUUAUUUAUUGCAUGUAGGUGAUACAUGAAAAUCCGUCUGACAGGCUCUGAUGUUUCUAUUCUUUACGUCAGCAGAAGUGGCUGAGACUGUAUCAGAGACAACAUAUCUCUUUGAAGUGCGUCAUAGAUCUCUGAAAAUAGUCUUAAACUCUGUUUUUCAGUGUGCUACCAUUAGGAUAACAUGAUUAUUCAAGUUAAUAGAUUUAACCAUUAAGGACCAAACUUCUGGAAUAUAAGGGAAUCAUGACAUGUCACACAUGUCAUGUGUCCUAAAGGGGUUAAAAACCGUAGUGAUAACAAAAUUUGUAGUGUCAACUGUUAAGCUCUAAGGUGCAUUAGCAAAAAAGUAUUCCUUAGCAUGUAUGAUACAGCUCCUUAUUUAUUGUGCAGCGGUUAGAUGAAUGAUAGGAGUAGUAAGGAUGGUGCCUGGCUUUGGGGUUUAAGAAACAUUGUGCAGCACUGGCACAGGAAGCACCUCUAGCAGCCAUAUGAGGAAAUGCCAUUGGAGGUAAUCCUAGGCUGUAAUGUAAAUACUGCAUUCUCUGAAAAGACAGUGUUUACUGCAAGCAUGUCAAACAUGCGGCCCAAAGUGAACAUAUUUGCGGCCUGCCUGCCCUGGGGCAGCUUUCAGCUGUUCCUGCGACCAGCAAGACAGGAAAAAUAUUUCCUGAUUCUUGCUCUCGUGGCCAAAGAGGGCAAAGUGGCUGUGUGUCUGCUUAGCAGACCAGAGCAGCCACUCCCCCUUUCCCUCCUGCUCGCAGUGCCAGAGGAGCGUCUGGCCUGCUUCAGCAGAGCUGGAACUGGAGGACGGACAGCAAUUUGUAAGGUAGGAGAAGAGGGGCUUGGGGGAGGGGAGGCGGUGUAUUAAUUUGAAUGAGGGAGAGGGCACUGUAUGUAUUUGGGAGAGGGAGAGGGCACUGUAUUAAUUUGGGGGAGGGAGGUGGGCACUGUAUUAAUUUGAGGGUGGGAGGGGGACCAGUGUAUUAAUUUGGGGGAGGGAGGUGACCAGUGUGUUAAAUUGGAGGGAGGGCAGUUCAGAGUGGUGGUGGUGGGGGGAGAGUCAGUGUAUUAACCUGGGGGAUGGAGGGGCCAGUGUAUUAAUUUGGGGAGUGGUGGCAGUGUAUUAAUCUGGGGAACUCAGAGGGCCAUUGUAUUAAAUUGGGAAAAGGGGCAGUGUAUUUGAGGGAGGAAGGGUGCCAGUGUAUUAGAGAGGUGGGGGGCAGUGUUUUAAAUUGGGGGAGGGAGGGCAGUGUAUUAAAGUGGAGUGGGGCCAGUCUAUUCAAUUAGAGUGGAGGGAGGAGGGGCAGUAUAUUAGAUUGGGUGAAGGAGGCAGUGUGUUGGCUUUGGGGGCAAUGUAUUGGAUUUGUGGGCAGUGUAUUAGAGUGGAUGGCGGGGCAGUGUGUUAGAUUGGAUCUGCAUGGAGGCACUGAACACCCCCCACGGAGAUGUUGAUUGGCCGUGCAGUGUUUUGCCACACAUGCACUAUAGCUUCCCAGUGCUCUCCUAUGGGAAAGCAUUGGAUUGGCUGAGAUCAUAAAGUUUGAUAUCAGCCAAAGUGAAGAACAAACUCCUAGAACUUCAAAAUCAACAAGAUAAUGUAAUUUGUUUUUUACAGCUGUACAAAAGCAUACAUUCACCAUUUCAGUCCCAUUACCAAACUUUUCUUAAUUUGUCAAGGUAGUUGGAUUGAAACGUUGUUUAUAUGCAAAUGCAUUUCUUAAAAUAAAUUCAUUCUUUUGUUUAUUUUGAAGCCCUACGAGCACGAGGACGUCCAGUGUCAGUUAGGCAACUUUUUUUAUAUACUUUACUUUUCUAAAUAAACCUACGUUUCUAUGGAAACUGAAGUUUGUUUAUUUUUUGCGGCCCAUAUAAACGUAAAACUUGUUUAUUUGGCCUGGCUUAGCCUUUGAGUUUGAUGUGCUUGAUUUACUGCAAAAAGCCUGAAGGGAAUGGUUAUAUUUACCAGAACAAAUACAAUAAGCUGUAGUUGUUCUGGUGACUAUAGUGUCCCUUUAAACUAACUGUUUAGGUGGCAGACCCCCUUUAAAAAUGUAUUUGACUACCUUUCUACCAGCGCCAUGUGGGUCUGCUGGUGCUGGCCCCGCCACCACAUCUGCCUUCUUGGCCCACAUCAUCAGAAUUGAUGAUCUCAGUCAAUCACAAUGCUUUCUCAUAGGAAAUUAUAAGAGGAUCUCAGCGAAGGAGGCAAGUCGCCCUGGCCAAUCCACAUCUCCUCAUAGAGGUGCAUUGAAUCAAUUGUUAUCAAUUAUUAUUAUAGAUAUGUUAUAAGCAGGACAUGGUUAUAAUGCAAAGAGCUUUGAAUGUGAAUUAAAAUGCUGUAUAAAUAUUGGCAAAAGCACUUAAGUUGGUUGGUGCCCUUAACUUGUGGCUAUGGUGCUCUGAGUGCCCUGGGCCACACACUUCUCCCAUUGUAUGUAUUUGCUAAAUUUUAGAUUUCUUACCUGGGGUCCAUUAUGCGCCACUCGCCAUCUCCACAACCUCUUGCUGACAAGCUUCCAUUUGCUCUCCUCCUCAGACGUCGAACGUCUUUCUCUCUUUCUAGGUAGUGGAGACAGAGUUCAGAACCCAAAGAAUCUCUGGUAAGAAGUUCAACAGUGUGCUCUAGUGGUUAUGGCGCUUGGAGUGUUCCUUUAACUCUGAAAUACAGAUUGAAGAGAGAACUUGGAAGGCACGGAGGGUGAGGCGUGCCUCCAUUGGCAAUCUGUCAUCACGUUUUGCAUGCUGAUGAUAAACGUCAACUAUGCACAGAAUUGACAUUAGCCAUUCCGGAACUCUGGUUCCGGGCAGGUUAAUGAUACACUAAUGAGACUGCAGAUGUGGAAUCACACUACCUAGCACAGGAGUGAAACAAAGUGAGACCUUCUAGGAACUCUUUAAGAAUGUUUACAAAACAUUAUUUUUAGUUUUUGUAAUGGCUUACCCUUGAAUACACCUGCAUAAUUCUUAAAGAGACACUAUAAUCAGUGGUGCAUCCUGGUUUUGUGCUACCCUAGGCAGGACAAAACUCAGGUGCCCCCCUUCCCCCCCGCCCCGCCUUCUAAAUACAUACAUACACAUUCACUGACCGAUACGCAUACACUAGCUAAAGGAAACACACACUAACAGACACACACAGACACUCACUAACAGACGCACACUCACUCACACACACUAACAGACACACACACACACUCACUCACUCACAUUAACACUUUUUUUUAUUUAACCCCCCCCAGCCUCCUUACCUUUGGGGUUCCCUCUCUCUCUGGGGGUCCAGUGGCUGCUGGGCGGGCUGGCGAGGGAGCACUUCCUCUGAGCUCUCUGCUCAGCUCCCUCGUGCGCCGCAGAGUGGAAAAUGACGUCCUAUUCCGGCUCCCAGCCACACUCUGCGACGCGCGAGGGAGCUGCGCAGAGAGCUCAGAGGAAGUGCUUCCUCGCCGCCCGCCCAACCCAGACCAGCCUGUCAGUUAGGCACAACAAGACAUUUGCCCUGGGCAUUUGGGGGAAGCUUUUUUUGCCGCCCACAGCAAAUGCCUUGUUAGCCUCGCGGCUAAAACGUCCCUGAUUAUAGUCACCAGAAGAAAUACAUCUUGAUGUAGUGGUUCUGGUGUCUAUAGCCUGUCCAUGCAGUAGGCAUUUUAAUAUAAACACUGCCUUUUCAGAGAAAAGAUAGAUCUAGUUACACUAUAUUUUUUUCACUACAGCAGCAUGUUUACUUUAGGACUUGCAGGGGGUGUUGGUGUCCGUUCCAUCAAAGCUGUGCAUUCUCUGUAGUGAUCCGGGGCUGGAGUGAUGUCAUGUCCCGCCAUCACUUAACUGCAAGCGAGGGGGUAGAGAGGAACUGCAAGAAGAGUACUGCUCCCUCAUUUGCAGCCUGCUUGCUUCCUCAACCGUCCUGCUCCAAUGUUCCCAAUGGCGGCCGGCUUAGCUAAAGUGCUGACAAACCCCAGGUGCCAGGGUAAAAUUCUUAAUCGCCAUGGCGACCUGGUCCUUGGAAUUUGUCGAGCCCUGAUUUAAUCCCUUUAACGAAGACACUUUUGAGAAUGCAACAUGCUAAUGGCCAAGCCCUUUUUUGAUACAUUUGUCAUGCUUUCAUUCUACUACAAUUUCCUCCUUUCUGUUUAAGUGCACCUAUACAUAUUAUAUGUAUUUUUUUUUUUUUUUUUACAGGAGAAAUAAGGUUUUCUAACUAGGCCUGAUUGUUAAAAUGCCCAAUAUUUUCGGUUUCAAUUAACUUUUAGAAGUUAUGCAAAUAUUGCAUGGAGUAAAUUACAGUUGUAAUGCUAAACCUUUGCAAAAUUUGGCAUGCUGAGAUUCUCCCCCCCCACAUAAGUUUUCUUUUAAAGAACUUCACAGACUAUACAUAUCCCACUACUUUAAACAGACCAUAUUUGUAUUUUACUACUGGUCUUGAGUACAAAGUCAUACAUGUUUACAUCUUCCCCUAUUCCAGCCCUUAAUCCCCCUCCUAUUCCUACCUUAUAGGGAUUCCCUCUGCUGAUGCCAGAGGGAUUUCACAUCUUGCACAGUACAGAAUGUUCUGUUAACACUUUGUACUGUGUGCUUGCAGCCUAUGAGCUGGUAGACUGGCAUGCAAGGAGACCUACCCAGUGUCUUUUCAGACCCCGAUUGUCUUCCUCAUACUGGGGCAGACUCAAAAUCACCCUCACACUCUGCAACGGUAUUUAAAUUAAUUUAAAGGGCCAUGUGCAACUCUAACAGAUGAGCUAUGCAGCACUCAAAGUGAGUCUGAAGCCACCAAUUGUGGGCAUAGCUGAUAGAGGGAACCCUCAGAUGUCCAAGGAUAACUCCUUGGUGCCAACAGGAAUGUAAAACUUUUGAUGCAGUCUGUGCCAUCGGGCAUUAAAGCCUUGCACUACAUGACGACAUAGACUGCCAUGCGUCUGUUAGUACACAUAUUAAACUGUUUUAUAUUAGUAAUUGUCCAUAACAUGUUCUAUUAUGUCCCUUGUCCACAAUGCUUCCUUGUCCAAAACUGUGGUGGAUCAUCUUGGCUGCACAAAGAGUGUUCUAUAGCUAAGAAAACCUGAUUUUAGGCAUUUAAUCAGUGUUUUUUUAUUUAUUGGUUUGCUGUUCUUCACAUUCAAAAUAUGCAUUAUGUAAUCUAAACAUUUAAUUUAAGUUUCAAAAAUUUCUAAAACACUUGUGCAAUAUCAGCCACAGUUGGCUAUUUCUCUAUACUAACAGCAUAAGUUAUGCUAUAAGGAAACUUGCAAUUCACAAAUCUUUGCUUGUUUCAGGUGGAGAUGAAAUUGUCAUGUCAACUGGAAAACACAAAAUUGAGUUUAAUAUUCUCCUUCCUAUUGGGUAAGGUGGUUGUUGUUGUAUAAUGCUAAAAAAGUAGGAUUUGUUUGAAUGUAAUGUAACCUGAUAUUCAAUAUUUUAAUAUCUGAUUUGAGACCUGAUGGGCUCUGUGUGGCAAUAAGCUGGAGAUAUCCAAGACCCAGGCACAGACUGCUUAAAGCUGCUCUGUCACCUUCUGGGGUCUUUGCAUAUUUUGCAAAAGAUCACAGAAUGUGACUGCCCUGCUUGCAAUGUGGGGUUUACCUGGAUCUGCCCCUCCAUCUUCUUCCAUUAGGUCCUCUUCAGCACCUGGUACUUUUUCUCGCAUGUGCAAGAGUACUACACCGAUGUCUAUGGCACAUCCCACUAGGAUCCUCCAAAUAAAAAGCCUUUUUGCCCUGAAAGCUUUACAGUGGUAGUUCUGCCUUUUUGUCAAGCAUAUGAUAAAAUAGUCCGUAACUCAUGAUAUGACAUCUGUUUAGUGAAAUUCCAACACAGUCUUUAUGAGCAUUUUAUGAAAUACAGAUAUUUUUAAAUGUAUUUUUUAUUUUUGGAGGAGGUUGACAGUCUCUUUAAAAUAUGCUGCUAAGCAUAAAUAGCUCUAUUGUAUGGCUCCCUGCAGGGUCUGCCUUCACCAGGCCAGGCUGGACAGGCAGCCUGGUGUGCAUUCCAUACAGCCUGAUCUGCCAACUCUUUUGGUGAUCCUGCACACUUUUUGGGAGGUCUGCCUUUUUGGGCAAUCGUGUCACGGGACUGCCCUCUUGCCCGCCUCCAUCAGCAUUUCAAUUCACAGGAUGCCCUGAGUUGGGAAGUAUGCACUAAAAGACAUGGAGCAUACUAUGCUACAAAAUUGAGCAAACAUAGAGAUUUAUUCAUUUACGUCCAAACAGCUCAUUCUACAGUUUGCUUUGUAAAACCCAUUUUGGUUAUUCACAAAAGCCAAACCGUUAUUCCAACCAUAUCUGUACUGAUUUUUUAUUAUAAGGAAAUUAGGAUAAGGUUCAAAUACAGUUAAACUGUUGUUUGCCUGGAUCUAUUUUCAAAUGAAUCUCAAUAAUACAUUGAGAUCCAACUGAAAAAUGUUCUUCAGCUAAAUGUAGUUUCAGUUCCGUUUUAUAAUGAAAAACCUGAACCUCAGAUACAUUUUAUUGAGCAGAACUACGCUAAAUGGAAGUGACCAGAGUUGACAAUUUGGCAUUUUGUGAAUAGACCCCUAAGUCUUCUGACCUGUAUGUCACUUUUUGAAAUAUGAGUGGCAUGGCUCAAUUUAGCUGAAUCCCCAUGCUUUCUGUUUACCUUAUGUGAAUCCUGUUUAUUGACCGUGAGGACUGUGAAAAAUUAAGUACAAUCCCUCCCAUGACCAUCUGCUUAUUAUCUUUAAUCAUUAUUAAUAAUUUUAUUUAUUUUAAAGACUGCUACCAUUUUAUUGUUUAAAGCCCCCUAUCUGUAACAGUAUAUGACCAUCUGUCUUUGUAUAUAUAUAAAAAAAAAAUUAUAUAUUUUUUGUGAUAAUAACCAUAAUAAGUAUUAUCAAUGAUGAUCAAAGAGCUUCUUUCCCCCUGCAGCGAGUGUUGGAUGAAUAUGGACGAAUGAUGUAGAAGUGUUACUUCUGUGUUCUGUAAGCAGCUGCGGCUGUCCUUAUGGUUCUACAUCCGUAGGUCCCAGAUCCAUGUGUGUUUAGAUGGUUUUACACACAGGGCGAACACAAUAUAUUGGGAAUGAUAAAAAGGAACACAUUAUAUAACCUGCUUGCAGACACUUCCACACACACCAUACUCACUCUUCAAACUCUGGCUUAUAUCUAGGCCAUAGAUACUUCAGUCCAUAAUGAAAAUAUCUCAGUCAGUUAUUUCGGGCCUGGACGCAAACAGAAAAGGCCAUGCACAACUCUUGCUUCACUUAUUCAGUACUGCCAGCAGAUAUCCCAACAUCACUUUCACUGGUUUUACAGAGGAGAAAUGGUGCUCUGAGGCUGCAGCUGAGAAACCCUACAUGCUAGUGGCCCAUAAGCAAAUGCCCUCAUCCCUCCUCCCUAUCUCUCCCCUGGCUCUGAAAACCUAGACGAUCCACUUCUGCAUUAUAUGUCCAAAUCCAUCCAAACAUGAAAUCCGUUAUUUUUUGGGAGGGGGGAGGGAUUGUUUUAAGUUUCCAAGCUUGAUUGAAACAGUAGAUCAGCCAAUAGUUACCCAUUGUGAGGCUGUUUAAGAGAAAUUGAUUAAUCAUGUAAAACUAACAUUUUGACAUUGCCCCCGUGUGUGUUUUGUGGAAAAUCAGACCUCUUUCUUUUUGUAAUGUGUAUGCUUUUUGUAAUGUGUCUGCUUCUCCCAUUUCUAGAGAAAAAAAAAACUGUGUGCAUUGUGUUUUAUGUCUGAUAAACAAUGGUUUAGAAAUUGAAAUACUGUUAUAAUUGUGUUUUUUUAUUUUUUUUAUUUCUGUAUUUCAGACAUUUGGUUACAACAUUUGCUGGUAAAUAUGGUAAAAUCUAUUACCAGUUUACAGCAAUUUUGGAAAGACCUUCAGUGCCUCUUCAGUGUGUUCACAGAGAACUUCGUGUUAUCAGUCACAUUGAUGUGAACUCUCCAGCUUUUCUUGUAAGGACAAAGUAACUGAAUGAAACUUGUUAUUUUUAUUAUUAUUUGUCUCUUAUUUCUUUUUUUCUCUUUUGAAAUCCAACACCUUUUAUAGAUGACUUGAUUUCAUUUCUAUUUACCUUGCUGUAACAAGUACUUCUAUCAGUCUUGCAUUUUAUAUUUGUACUAUAAUGUAUGCAGGUGUUCCAAUUUGUUCUAUUAGCGGUACAUCACGAAACACCAUUUACAGAGAAGGCUGCAUUUGUAAGGCUUGCUGUCCUAAACGUGAAUAAUGACAGCUGCAGAAGACAUAAUUAUGUGAGACUUAUUAUUAAUCAUUGCAGGUCUGCUAUCUAAAGCAGACCAUUAUAUGUCACGUAUCCUUCCAUUUUUCAUCCCAUUUUCUAACACUAAGUAAGUGUAUGCAGCUGCUACUAAAAUCCUUUCAGCUAUCAUGCCCUAAUGGCAAAUUUGAUCACAUUAAAGCAUUGAACUCCAAUAAUCACUGCAAAUAUAUAGUAUGGCAGGGAGGAUCAGAGCAUAAGUAACAACGCUGUGGCGAGAUGUGGAGCUAAUGAGCGUUAUUCUUUUAUCUGCACCCAUUUUAUCAAAAUAAUAUACAAUUAUACCUUGCACUUUUGUGACAGCUAUACAGGAGCCUAAUGGUUCAGUAUUUAAAUAUGAAUGAUAUCAUCAUAGAGAAUACGCUGGCAAUUGAAUCUGAUUUUAACAACACCAAUUUGACUUAGAUUUUGUUUUUGGGGGGUCGGAAUGACAGAAUUCUGCAACUUCCCAAAGUCUAGGAGUUUUAAGCAGAAAGGAAUGCCAAGAGCCUCUUCACAUCACAUUAUCCCUGUCAUAGUGCACACUUGUACUCCGUGUAAAAUAUUUCUGGGUUAAACUUUUAUGGUCAGAAUUUGUGACUUGGCUAUUUACAGAUAUUAUCUAAAAAAAAUAUAUAUCAUUACAGAUGAAGGUUUUCCCGUUUUUAUGUAGCUCCAAACAUUUUCGAUACAUUUACUGGAAAUGUGUGUGUGUGUGUGUGUGUGUGUGUGUGUGUGUGUGUGUGUGUGUGUACAAUCCGUAAACAGUAUUGAUUUUGAUACAAACUGUCUGACACAAAACUGUAUUUCUAGGCUCCAGUGCGCAGAUCCAAAGAACAAAUGGUUGGUUGUUGGAUCUUAACAUCGGGUCCAAUCGCUUUAAGUGCCAAAAUUGGAAGACUGGCAUAUUGUAAUGGUAGGUGUAUGUUCCUAGGAGUAGAACGUUCUUUCUUGUAUUCUAAAAAGCAAAAAUUUCUUCAUACUUACCGCAAUGCUUCUUACCUUCCAUGGCAGCAUUACACUUGGGUUGCCGCUCCUCCCUCAGCUACUUAGCACUCACUACUUACUGUAUAGUAAGUAAAGUAACUUCUUGUAAAAGUAUAUUGUGUUUCUUUAUUGGGUGGUGGUGCCUUUUUUUCUAUGUAUACCCUUUGAAAGCUUCCAAAUAUAAUCACACCUUCCAACAUUUCAAAUAGACAAACGUAGUGAGUGGGGGUAUGGUCAGAGGCAGGGCUGUUCUGAGAAAAUGUAGGUGACUUACUGAUAACGAUUUAUGCAAAUAAAAGUUAAUUUAGAACCAGAACAAUGUAUUGUAUUUACUCAGACUGAUUUCUAAGAACAUUUAUUGUAUUUAAAGACACAUUACUGUGACUAUUAGUGCUGUGGAGCUCUGUUAUACACUCAGACACAUUAACAGUAUGGAGAUCCUAGAUAGGGACACUUGGGAGGUAUGAAAUAUUUUCAGUAUGUGAUACAAAACUACUGUAUUAUAGUUGGUAAACAUUGGAGGCAAACUAUUUUUAUUGUCAUCUUGGCUAUGUUUCUGUAUAUUUAUGUUAUGCAUUGGUUGACAGUGGUGUAUGGAAUUUGAGCCAUGCAAUUUUAGAAUUCUCUUUUUGAUUAUUAUUAUUUUUAAAGCGCCAACAAAUUCCACAGAGCUGUGCAAUAGGUGUUCUAACAGAGAAGUAUUUGCAACAAGAAGAGUUGGACACACAGGAAUAGAAUGCAGCUGAAUACAGAAUCUGUGACGUUUAACUGAAAUAUAGCUGUGUGAAUUGGAGCUGUUGUUUUUGAGCUUAUAUUUAGCUGUGGAAGUUCCAGUGCCAUGUGUAUCAAUAGAACAUGUAUGACAAAUUCAGCAUCUGCCCAAUUCAACUAAUUUAUAGUUGUGUGGAUUGUUCUGAGUUUCCGUGCAAUGUGUGAGCAAAAGAACAGUUAUGAUUACCUGGAGCUUAAGGUAAAAAUUGGUUCCAUGUAAACAUGUUCUACUAAAGUUGUAUAAAAUGGUUCUAUAAAAACAUGUUAAUGUGAGAAGAUAAGAAAGUCCACAGUAAUUUUAAUGAUUUUAUGUAUUUUUUUUUUUUUUUUUUUUUUUUUUAACCAUACACCAUUUAUCUCUAAAAUGUUAUUUUUAGGAGAAGCUAUUCCAAUUUAUGCAGAGAUUGAAAAUGGUUCAUCUCGCUUGGUGGUCCCAAAUGCUGCCAUUUACCAAACUCAAAAAUUCUUCAACAAUGGCAAGUCAAGGACAUUUCGGCACAUGGUAGCCAGUGUUAGAGGCAACCACAUUGCUUCUGGAAGUACAGAGCUAUGGAAUGGAAAAAUGCUUAAAAUUCCACCUGUCACUCCUUCAAUCCUAAACUGCAGCAUUAUCCAAGUGGAAUAUUCUCUAGCAGUGAGUAUGUUGCUUAAUAUAGGAAGUAAAAUAGCGGCUAUCAGUAUUUCUGAUAUAGUAACAAAAUGUUAUUUCUGAUUACUGAGCUUGUGUUGUUAGUCUAGUACAAUGUUAUUAUUAUUGGUAUUUAUACAGCGCCAGCUUAUUCCGUAGCGCUUUACAUUAAAAGGGGAAUUUAAAUGAGACAAUAAUGAAACGUUACAGGAACAAUAGAUAGAUGAGGACCCUGCUCAAACAAGCUUACAGUCUAGAGUCUACAUGCAAUAAAUGAGACUCUGUAAAAUUAGCACAAUAUUGCAAUUGUAAAAUUAGUAAUCAUAUAGACUACUAAAACUGUAUAUGCUAAAUUUCCUUAUCCGUGAGUUAAUUAUUUUAUAAGAGGCACUUUCUUGUUCAUGCUGGAUAGUGUCCAAUCAAUUUCUUCAUAAAAAUGCAUUAUGCAUAUGUUUAGAACAUAUGGACCAUAUACAAAUCGAUAUGGGUAAAAAAAAUAUAUAUAUAUUUUACUGGAUCUCUUACAAGUUUGUAGGAUCUAAAAUAAAAUAUUCAUACUGUGAUGGGAGGUAUCCUCUGAUAGUGCAGACAAGUAUCCAGGUUUGAAAGAUUUGUUGCUUCUUCCUGUGGAGUUUUGGUUUCUAUUUUCUUUGUCUAAUCUCACAUUGGAGGCUGCUUGUCUGUAGCAGGAAAUAAACAGAGCUGGAGAUAAGAACUAUGAUAAUGAACAGAUAUUUUUCAGGAAGUGUUGCGGGAGGUUGUUUUAGUGUUUUUGAUGCUUAGGCUGAUCCUUUGAGUCUUAUGGUUUUGUGGGGGUUUUCUUUCCUUUUGUAGGUGUAUAUUAAUAUUCCUGGUGCCAAGAGGCUGAUGGUAGAACUGCCUUUAGUUGUCGGUACAAUCCCAUUCAAUGGGUUUACCUAUAGAAACUCAAGUGUUGCCAGCCAGUUUCCUGUCGACAUGAGCUGGCUUGCCAUGACACUGCCAGAUCAACCAGAAGGUAGGAAAGCGUCAGAUGUCUUUCUCUGUAAAAAUGAAAUUCUAUACUAUGUUCUACUUUAAAGGAUAACCUUGUGAAGCGUAUAAAGGAAUGAAAGUAGCUGUUCUAGAGAUUAUUGACAUAAAUAAGUCAUAUUGCCUUGGUUUUAUUGUCUCUUCCAGCACCACCAAACUAUGCAGACAUAAUGACUGAGGAAGAUCUUUCCAGAAACGCAACCUUUGGUACAACAUAUGAUGACUUGGCAAACCUGUUUCAAAGCCCCCCAUUUUUUGCAAUGCAGGAGUUCCUGUUCCAGCCUCCACCCCUUUAUUCUGAGGUAAAUGGCACCCUCUAAUUUAGGAUAUAUGGUUGCACUUUGUUUACAUUUACGUAUCCUCUGUUUGCAACAUUUAAAUUAUCUUGUGAACUUUUGAGCAGCAGGCAAUCAUUCUCAUAACUGAAAGAAUAAAAGGCCUAGAGAGAGAAAAAAAAUAGGGUAAUAAGUGUACCUAUAACGACAGGGAAGGCAUAGGCAGGUUAUGUAAUUGGCAAAUAACUUAAUAACCGGCUCUCCUCCAUAGAAAGGAAAAAGCUCCUCCAAAAAAUUGCCUCUAUGCAAAUGUCACAUCACAGCUGGGGCAUCAAAGGGAGGAGCAUAAGAUUAGCUCUGACUUGUUUCGUGCCUUUACUGCCACUUCAUUAAAGAUAACUUUGAUGAAGUGCCAUCAAAGGCAUGAAAUGCAAAAGGGUUGAUCUUCUGUUUCUCCCUUUGCAUGUCCCAGCUGUGAUGUGAAACUUGUGAAGCAGUUAAAGUAAAAGUGUCAAUGAUGUGAUAUUUUAUCUCCAUUGUUUCCAUUUUGCUGUAAUCCAGCAAGGUUAAAGAACACUAAGGGCACCAUAACAAUUUAAUCUUGUUUUAGUUGAUGCAUUCCGCCUAUCACUGGAGCAUGUUCACUAUCUGGACCACUUUGUGGGUUAAACAGUUUAGAGCGGCACUGUCAUGCCGAACUUACCUUUCCCCAAUCGAUUCCUCUUCUCUCCCUCUCUCAGGAUCUGUUACUCAUUUCUUCCUGUCUGCUCUAGUUUUCUUUUAAAAAUUAAGACAACGAAGGGACUGUUUCUCUUCUGGAGGUUUCCUACGCCAUGACCAGCGGAGGAGCAAAGUGUGCUUCGUUUCCGGUGGUCAGAGCAAUUUUCCCAUAAUCCUUAGCUUUCCUCCCUGUUCCCGCGAUGCUUCCUGUCCGUAUUGCCGAACGUCCUGUCACUUAGACAGAACGCCAGCAAAACUGCCGAAUUGUGUCCUAACAGAAUGAGAACAGUUUCUCCAUUCGUGUUAGAAUGCAAUUCAGGACUUUGUUCGGAUCGCAAUUUCAUUAGAAUGAAUGAAACUCCGAUCCUAUUCGUGCUGUGGCUGCAUCUUGCAGCCGCUUAGUAGAAAACUCCCUAAUUCCCACAGUAAGAUCAGAGUGCUCUGUGUCAUUUUACACAGCGUGGGAAAGUUCUUUGUAAUUUUCCACGCUGUGUAAUUUGACUCAUAACAAAGUUCCAAACAACGUUCCUACGCUGUGUAAAAUGACACAGAGCACUCUGAUUGGUUAGAUUCCAAGCCCCCCAAUCAGAGUGUUAUGAGUCAAAUUACACAGCGUGGGAAAAUUACAAAGAACUUUCCCACGCUGUGUAAAAUGACAAAGAGCACUCUGAUUGGCUUAAACCAACCAAUCAGAGUGUUCUUAGCCUAAUUGCAGGGUGGGGCAAGGCUUUAUAAGCCUUCCCUGCCCUGCAGAGCACAGAUUGCGCGGAGCCCUCCAUGGGUAGAGAUGGAUUUUUUUUUUGGUUUUUUUUGCAUCAGGUUUUUUCUUUUUUGUGCUUGCAUUUUUUAUUUUAUUUUAAGUUCGACGGGUAUGAUGUUUUUUUUUUAAUUUGGCCUUUUUUGCGGCUUAAAAAUUAAGAUUUUAGAAGAAAGAAGACCUCAAAUAGUAAGUUUUUUGUUUUUAUUUACAGGUUAGUUAUUUUAUUCCCUCCUCACUAUUUUUACGGUGAGGGGUGUAGGAAGAGGAAAGCUUUUAUUUGGGGUGGGGGGGGGUGACUAGGGUCUUGGGGACCCCUAGUCACCUUGGAAGGGGGGUUUCAUUUAGGGCCACCGUUUAGGGGUGGGGGCCGGGGGGAAGGACAGUAGAUCCCACCCCCCACAUUCUUAUUUAUGGCCCCCACCCACCCACCGCUCAGGGGUGGGGGCCGGGGGAGGAGGAUGACAGUAGACCCCCCCCACACUAAUUGUUAUUUAGGGCCCCCACCCACCGCUCGGGGGGGGGAGGACAGUAGGUUCCCCCCCACCACCACCACUAUUGUUAUUUAGGGCCCCCACCCACCGCUCAGGGGUGGGGACUGGGAGGGGAGGACAGUAGGUCCCCCCCCUCCCCCCCCCCACUCAUUGUUAUUUAGGUCCCCCCCCUCAUUGUUAUUUAGCGUCCUCACCCACCGUGCAGGGGUGGGGGGAGGACAGUAGGUCCUCCUCCCACGUUCUUAUUUAUGGGGAAUAGAUUUUUCUUUAUUUUAAUUUUUUUUACAUUGGGCAGCCAGACAUGCCCCUACUUGCGGUAUAGCGAGCAGAGGCUGAAUUUACUAAUACUAAGUAAUCUUUACUUAGUAUUAGUAAAUGUGGCUGAAAGACCAAUUUAGGUGUUUCAGUCUUUUGGUAGAUAGCUCCCUAAUACCAUGGGAAUUAGGGAGUUAUCUACUAAGCGGCUGCAAGAUGCAGCCACAUCAUGAAUAGGAUCGGAGUUUCAUUCAUUCUAAUGAAAUUGCGAUCCGAACAAAGUCCCGAAUUGCGUUCUAACACGAAUGGAGAAACUGUUCUCAUUCUGUUAGGACGCAAUUCGGCAGUUUUGCCGGCGUUCUGUCUAAGUGACAGGACGUUCGGAAAUACUAACAGGAAGCAUCGUGGGAACAGGGAAGAAAGCUGAGGAUUAUGGGAAAAUUGCUCUGACCACCGGAAACGAAGCACAAUUUGCUCCUCCGCUGGUCAUGGCGUAGGAAACCUCCAGAAGAGAAAUAGUCCCUACUUUGUUUUAAUUUUUAAAGGAAACUAGAGCAGACAGGAAGAAAUGAAUAACAAAUCCUGAGAGAGGGAGAGAAGAGGAAUCGAUUGGGGUAAGGUAAGUUCGGCAUGACAGUGCCGCAUUAAGUUUCACCCCCUUAAGAAAAGACAGUCAGGAUCUCCAGAUACAAUAACAACUCAAUUGAAAUAAAUUAUUUUGAUGCUUGGAGUGUUCCUUUAAGCAGCUGCAAUGACCGGACAAUCCAAUAUGGCACCAGCUCUACAUGCUGACCAGGGUUAUAUGGUGGGGCAACAUUCCCAUCAAAAGAAUAAACUGUCUUUAAUAAAUUAAUAUUAUUUGUAAAGUAUUACAGUAAGCUGUAUGAUUGCUAUAUCAGGUCUUGUGGUUGUUUCUAAUAUAUUGACCAGGCUCUACUAUAAAUGUUUUUGAACAAAUAUGCAUUUUCUAUACAUAGGUUGAUCUACAUCCCUGCCCCACAAUGGAAAGACAAAUUGCCUCAUUUACAUUAGAAGAGUGACAACUGAAAAAAAGUUUCUUCAUCUGCACAUUUAUCCACUGGAAAUAUGUUUUUAUAAAUGUGUAGUUUCAUAAGUUGCCUGUACAGAACAUGUGUCCAUAAAAACUCUGUGAAGAAGGG